AUGGUUAAAAUAUAUGAAAUGAAUAAGAAGAUAUUAUCAAGACAAGAUAUUAUUAACCUAAUAGCUGAUGGGAAAGUAAUUGUAAUUUAUAAACAACAUGUUUUAAAUUUAAGUUCUUGGAUUAAGAAGCAUCCUGGUGGAGAUAAAGCUGUUUUUCAUAUGAUUGGAAGAGAUGCAACAGAUGAAAUGAAUGCGUAUCAUUCAGAUACCACGAUCUCAAUAUUUAAGAAAUGGUCAAUUGGUGAAAUAAAUUAUUGUUGGGAAAAUUUAUUACCUCCAAUUCAAGGUGGUAAAUAUUCUUUAAAAUAUAAAAAUAAACAUCUUGAUGAGAAACUAGAUAAUGAUUCAAUGGAGGAUUCUAGUUCUACUUCAAGUUCAAUAAAUGAAGAAUUUAUAAAUAAAGGAGCUGGUGUAGUUGUUAAUAUUGAUCCAGUAGUACCUCAAAAUAAAAUAGUGACUAAAGAUAUAAAAGAAGAAGUGUUUCCUAUUAAAUCAAUCAUUGUUAAUCCAAAAGAUAUACUAAAGAAUUAUGAUAAUGGUCUUUCACAAAAUGAUUUAACUUCAAUCCCUUCUCUAGAUUAUAAAACUCAACGGUAUCUUAGAGAUAGAUAUAAUUUACUUCAUCAAACAAUUAUCAAAAAUGGGUUCUAUCAAUGUGAUUAUUGGUCAUACGUUAGAGAAGUAGUUAAAAUUGGUUCACUAUUUUUAUACUCCCUUAUAUUCCUCAAAACUGGUUAUUUAUUCCUAUCUGCUUUGUGUAUGGGUAUGGCUUGGCAUCAAGGAACUUUUAUUGCCCAUGAUGCUGGCCACGUAUCAAUUACACAUAAUUAUCAAAUUGAUAAUCUUUUUGGAAUGUGUAUUGCUGAUUGGUUUGGUGGAUUAAGUCUUGGUUGGUGGAAAAGAAAUCAUAAUGUUCACCAUUUAAUCACAAAUGAUCCAAUCCAUGAUCCUGAUAUUCAACAUUUGCCUUUUUUUGCAGUUUCUGUAAGAUUAUUUGAAAAUGUUUAUUCAACAUAUUAUGAUAAAUAUUUACCAUUUGAUAAAUUUUGUGAGAAAUUAAUUCCACUUCAAAAAUAUUUAUAUUAUCCAAUUUUAUGUUUUGGUAGAUUCAAUUUAUAUAGAUUAUCAUGGACACAUUUAAUUCUUGGACAAGGUCCAAGAAAAGGAAAAGCAGCAUGGUUUAGAUACUUUGAACUAGCAGGAUUAUCAUUCUUCUUCUACUGGUUUUUCUACAUGCUUAUUGGCUCAAUUCAUGGAGGUUGGAAUAAAUUCAAUUAUAUUAUGGUUUCACAUAUUGCUACUAUGUUAGUCCAUGUACAAAUAACACUCAGUCAUUUUGCAAUGUCAACAUCAGAUCUAGGUGUUUCUGAAUCAUUUCCAAGUAGACAAUUAAGAACAACUAUGGAUGUUGAUUGUCCUGAAUGGUUAGAUUUUUUUCAUGGUGGUUUACAAUUUCAAGCUAUUCAUCAUUUAUUUCCAAGAUUACCUAGACAUAAUUUAAGAAAAGUUCAACCUUUUGUUAUUGAUUUUUGUAAAGAUGUUGGAUUAAGUUAUUCAAUUUAUGGUUUUGGUGAAGGUAAUGGAAUUGUAAUUGGGAAAUUGGGGGAUAUUGGACAUCAAUGUCUGAUUUUAUUAGAUGCUGUAAAGAAAUAUGAUGGGGAUUUACACUAA